CUCGCCCGGCUGGCAACACGGUGCCUCCUGACUCCUGCGAGAGGGUGCCACCGCCGUUGGCCCCGCCAGUGACACUCGAACACAAAGCGGGUUCCUGUCAACAUCGCUGCCACUGAGGCUCCUGCAGUCGAUCCCCAGGAACGUCGUUCGGCCAAAAUGAUCGCCAUGACUCAAAUCGUGGCGAUGCUGUGGGCGGUGACGGCCGUGGUGGGCGCCGCCGCCAACGAGCCCCUCAACCGCAGGGCAACUUUCCCCGCUUCCUCCAGUGAAACAAAGCAGGUCGACCAGCAACUGAGCGCCAUCCUCAGCACCAUCACCGAGAACCACAACCAGCUGCAGGCCACCAUCCGGGACAUCGGGCGCAUGGUCCGCCGAACCCACCGCGAGAUCACUGACCUCCGGGAGGACACUGACCUCAUUUUGGGCAAGAUGUACAAGCCCUCGUGUCAGGACAUCGCCGAGGGGCAGCCGGAUCACAUCGCGGGGAAGAACCAGCUCACAACGGAGGGCGUGUAUACCAUUCGGCCGCCCAAGUUUAAGCCCAAGAAGGUCCGCUGUGAACUCGGCCGCGGAGCCAUAGGAUGGACGGUCAUCCUGGCCAGGAACGACGGACGCGAGCCGUUCAACCGCACUUUCCAGGACUACAAGGAUGGCUUCGGAGAUCCUGCGCAGGACCACUGGAUCGGCCUGGACAUGCUGCACAAGCUGACCACAUGGGAGCCUCACCAACUCCGAGCUGUGAUGGAGGACUUCGACGGGUCCAAGACCUGGGUUCAGUACAAUGUGUUCAGAGUGGACGGGCCAGAGGAAGACUACAAGCUGACGGCGGAGGAGUUCGAGGCUGACAGCGCCGCGGGAGAUGGCCUCAGCAUCCACAACGGCAUGAAGUUCUCCACCUACGACCACGAUGAUGACACCAAUACGGACGGCAACUGCGCCAAGCUCUUCGGCGGAGGCGGCGGCUGGUGGUAUAACAACUGCUACCACGUCCUCCCAACCGGCAAGUACCGAAACACCGGCGGUAGCGAGUACGGGGGAGUGGCCUGGUACCCUUGGAGGAACGUCAAACACUCCCUCAAGAGCCUCACUCUGCUGAUCAGGCCGAGAUAUUAGACUCCUGAGUAGCAGAGAGCCUUCGUGUUUUUUCUCGCGUCGGCUGGCGGGGAGGAAGGCAAGAGGCUAGGAUGUAAACACUGUGCACAUUUUGAAACUCUCCCAGGCUUUUUUUUUCCUUUUACUUUAUUAUUUUUUAUCAUAAUUUCUUGUUUUCUAUUUUUGGCACAAGUUUCAUGUGUACGUUUGGGCUGAGAGUAUUUCUCUUUUGUAUGAAGAGGGAUCUAUAAUUGUCUUAUGGAAUAUUUCUGUGAUUUUUAAAAAUGAAAAUGGAUGAUUAACGCAUGUUUUUUUUUUUUAAGUUUUGGUACUGAUUUUUUGCAGAGUGAAAAGAUGUUUAGCAAUGUAUUCAUCUAUAAUGAUUUCAGAUUUCAAAGAUAUGUGUAGUUUUAAAGUUCACUCCAUGUAGACUUGCUAUUAAAGACUUUAACAAACAGAA